AUGUCAACGACUAAAACCCAACUUAUCGAUGGGAAAGAAAUCGCGAAGAAUAUUCGCGACAAAUGUCGAUUGAUGGUCGAAGAAAUUCGCAAUCAGCAGAAAGAUUUCAAACCUGGCUUUGCUGUUGUACAAGUGGGGAAUCGCGAAGAUUCAAAUGUGUAUAUUCGACAUAAAUUAAAAGCUGCUGAAGAAAUUGGAAUCGAUGCUCGACUUGUUCGUCUUGAUUCAUCAACAACCGAACCACAAUUAAUUCAACAAAUCGAACAACUUAAUAAUGAUCCAACCAUUCAUGGUAUUAUCGUCCAAUUACCAUUCGAUUCUGUUCAAACGAUCGACGCCAAUCGAAUUGCCAAUACCGUUUCACCAGAUAAAGACAUCGAUGGAUUAUCGGAUCUCAAUGCUGGUCUUCUAUCGCAUGGAAAUUUGGAUAAAUGCUUUGUUCCGUGCACACCAAACGGUUGUAUAGAAUUGAUUCGAGCAACUGGAACACAAAUCGAAGGUGCAAGAGCAGUGGUUGUCGGGCGAAGUAAAAUCGUCGGAACACCAAUGUUCGAACUACUUAAGCAUUACAAUGCUACGACAACAAUAUGUCAUUCAAAAACGAGAAAUAUUCAAGAUAUUAUCAAAGACGCAGACAUUGUUGUCGCUUGUUUGGGUAAACCGAAAUUCAUUUCAGGAUCAUGGAUAAAAGAAAAUGCUGUUGUUAUUGAUUGUGGUAUUACACCCGUACAAGGUGAAAAUGGUAAAACUAAAUUAUAUGGUGACGUCGAUUUGGAUUCCUGUCAAGGCGUUGCUUCAUGGAUAACACCCGUUCCAGGUGGUGUUGGUCCAAUGACUGUCGCUUUACUCAUGCAAAAUACCAUUACAGCUGCUCAACGUUAUUUGGAAACUUAUUGUUCAACUGAAUGGAAAUCUAUGACGUAUCUUCCAUUAACAUUAGAAACACCCGUUCCGUCCGAUUUGAACAUCGCGAAAAAACAAGUUCCUAAGGAUAUCAAACAACUAGCCAACGAAAUUCACAUACACAACAGCGAGUUAGAAUUGUACGGAACUAAAAAAGCCAAGGUUAAACUGAAUGUACUUGAACGUCUGAGAAAUGCUCCAAAUGGUAAAUAUGUUGUUGUUUCCGGCAUUACUCCAACACCAUUAGGAGAAGGAAAGAGUACAACAACGAUCGGUCUGUGUCAAGCUCUCGGUGCACAUUUAAAUAAGAAUGUAAUUGGUUGUUUACGUCAACCUAGUCAAGGACCGACAUUCGGUAUCAAAGGUGGUGCUGCUGGUGGCGGCUAUUCACAAGUCAUUCCGAUGGAAGAAUUUAAUUUACAUCUAACCGGUGAUAUUCAUGCAAUAACCGCUGCAAAUAAUCUCCUAGCAGCACAAAUUGAUGCACGAAUGUUUCAUGAGAAUACUCAAACUGAUCAGCAAUUGUUUAACCGUCUUGUACCGACGAUCGACGGUAAACGAACGUUUUCUGCCAUUCAACGAAAACGUUUGGAUAAAUUGAAAAUUCAUAAAACUGACCCGUCAACAUUGACUGAAGAGGAAAUCAAAGCAUUUGUUCGAUUAGAUAUCGACCCAACGACAAUUACAUGGCAACGAGUGAUUGAUACCAACGAUCGUUUCUUACGAAAAAUAACUAUUGGACAAUCACCAACGGAGAAAAAUUUCACUCGAGAAACCAACUUUGAUAUCACCGUGGCCAGCGAAAUCAUGGCUGUUCUGGCUCUAACGACUUCACUUGGUGAUUUACGUGAACGAUUAGGUCGAAUGGUUGUCGCAGCAAGUCGAGAUAGUGUACCGAUUACUGCAGAUGAUUUAGGUGUCGCCGGUGCACUGGCAGUACUGAUGCGCGAUGCCAUUAAACCGACUUUAAUGCAAACAUUAGAAGGCACACCGAUUCUUGUUCAUGCUGGACCGUUUGCAAACAUAGCACACGGAAAUUCAUCGAUCUUAGCCGAUCAAAUUGGCUUGAAACUCGUUGGUCCCGACGGAUAUGUCGUGACGGAAGCCGGUUUUGGUUUUGACAUUGGCUGUGAAAAAUUCAUGGAUAUCAAAUGUCGUUAUUCCGGUCUUGUACCCAAUUGUGUCGUUAUUGUUGCAACUAUGCGCGCAUUGAAACUCCAUGGUGGCGGACCAAAAGUAGAAGCAGGUUCGCCGAUUCCACCUGAAUAUGCUCAAGAAAAUUUACCAUUACUUGAACAUGGUACACAGAAUCUUGUUAAACAAAUUGAAAAUGCACGUCACUUCGGUGUACCAGUUGUCAUUGCUAUCAAUCGCUUCAAAACGGACACCCAAGCGGAAAUUGACUUGGUUAAACGCAUUGCAAUUGAAAAUGGCGCUUUUGAUGCAGUCAUGGCUGAUCAUUGGGCAAAAGGAGGAAGUGGAGCAACAGAUUUAGCUCGUGCUGUCGAGCAAGCAUGUUUACAAAAACCUGACUUUAAAUUCCUCUAUGACUUACAAUUACCCAUCGAAGAAAAAAUUCGUAUCAUUGCUCGUAAAAUCUACGGAGCGGAUGACAUCAAACUAUCUGAAAUGGCCGAAAAACGUAUUCAACUUUUUACUAAACAAGGCUUUAACGAUCUACCAAUAUGUAUGGCUAAAACACAUCUAUCAUUAUCGCAUGAUCCAUCAUUGAAAGGCUGUCCAAAAGGUUUUAUCUUACCUAUUCGUGAUAUUCGUGCUAGCAUUGGUGCUGGAUUUCUAUAUCCACUAGUUGGCGAAAUGUCAACUAUUCCAGGUUUACCAACCCGUCCAUGUUUCUAUGAUAUUGAUAUUGAUCCAAUCACCGAAGAAAUCUAUGGACUUUUCUAA